CUAGGUCAUCUGCGCAAAAGGUAAAUAGCUGUUUGUGAAUUAAUAGAUGCAGACACUUUGUGAAUGACGGUGUUGAGACAGCGUCGUAUAAAGUGUAUACAGAUUUCAUUAUAACAAGCGGAGUCUUUGAUAGUUCAUUUUCAGAUUAAACACACGAUAUAACAUGCCGGAAAACAAUCUACAGCAUCCAGUGGCAAAAACAGCAAAAGUUGACGUGGAAGGCGGCUCUCAGAUCAGGGCUCAAAAUGCUUACAAUGCUGAGACAGCUCCACCACUGGACCACAAUCAAGAUAAAAAGAAAAAAUUAGGAAAAAUUCCGAUAAUAUUGGCUGUGAUAUUGGUUGUUGGUGUUGCAGUUGGUACCUACUUUAUAGUUGUGUCAGAAGACAGCGAAAGUGAUAAAAAUGAUAUGAGGAAAACCUCGCACCAAAGUAAGUCGCCUGACGCUGUUCUGUCCAAAGAAGAGACACAAAUCUCCACAGAUAUAACAUCAGCAUUGAUAACAACUGACGACGAAGGAAACAACGGAUCUGUAUUCAAGACCGACCCCAUUUGCCGAGAUUUGGCGAAAUCUUCUGUGUUUGUCUUUGAUUGCUACCACCAGAGAACGUUCAAUGACCUAUCGGAUAACAGCACCGUCAAGUGUGUGUACCUGAACAGUGUUGGAUCAUGCAUGCAAUCCCUUUUAGAGGAAGAGUACGGAAUUGACUGUGAUUUAUUAGAUCAAUUGUAUCUCCUUAAUCUUAAUGCAGACAUGAUUUUAGAGAGAAGCAACUUCAACGUUAAAACAGAAUGUACAGGCUGGUAUGAUUACUACAAGAAAACAGUCGAAGGAGUCAAGGAAUGAGUUCUUCUGAUGAUUGGAUCUUUGUUCUUGUGAUGAUUUGAUAAUGCCAUAGGCCUAAGAUCAGGUGUAGUACUGAACGUCAUCAAUCAGUUGCCAACAACUACAGUACAUUAUCCUACACGGCACUCAAAUGUGUCGCUCAGCUAUAAUUGAUGUGAACAGCCGAUACUAUUGAUACAUCUUCAUCAUUCUGUUCAUUGUUACUAUGUAUAUUGUUGUGCACUAUUUAAGCAAUUGUUACUCUUUGUAUCUUUACACGUAUGUUUAAAUCUUGUACACUCAAUAUCUAUAAUGAUUUAUAAUAAAAAAAGUGUAAAAGUCGGUACGCGGAUUUCACAUUAUUUACUAACGUAAACUUGUAUGCAAAAUAGUACCUGUGAAAUUCUAGUUUUACACAAAAAAUGGCAAAAGCAGACACACUAGUAUACUGUAUUAUGCAUGAUAUAACUAGAGUGCAGUUCUGCAAAUACUGUAUUUUUACAAUGACAAUAUUUUAUGAAUUGUGUAUGGUCCAAAAAUACUGUAUACAAAUAAAUUACGGUUAUAGAAACAAAAUCGGAUUACACACGUAAUUUACAGUUAUAGAACAUUGCAAGGCUGCACAAAUAGGCUUCAAUUGUAAGUCAUUAUGAGUUUACAAAAAUAAGUUACGAAUGUUAGUCAUUGUAGUGUUACACAAAUCAGCUACGAUUGUAAGUCAUUGUAGUGUUACAAAAAUAAGCUACGA